AUGAGCACCUACUUCAAGCACCAGGGCAAGUGCGCCGCCAACCUGCGGUCCCACACGAUCGACCUGGAGGCCACCCUUCGCCCCACGCCGCGCGAGGGCUCCAACGACGCGGCGCUAAAGCGGCAGAGCGAGUCGGUUCCCUCGCAAGUCUUUCUCGACCCGUACCACGUGCGUUGCAUGCAAGACACCGCGUAUGCUGCGCGCGGUCGUAUGCUCGUUUGGGACAAGGAGAGGCCGCCCGAUCUGGGCCCUGAGGCGCGCAAACGCUCGCGCUACGUCACUCCUCCGCAAGGACGGUUUGUGCCUCCGCUCAAAUCGUGGUGCGCGCGGGCGAUGAGCUCGACCGAUCCCUACGGAAUCGGCGACCGCCCGUGCAUCGGCGUCAUCCAGGACACCGCCUUUCGCCGGACGCAUAGCACGAAAAAGAAAAAAACCCAAGAGAGGGGUUGGAGGGCGGGAGAAUCCAAAAAAGCCGUCCAAAAAGCCACAAAAAGCCAGCGAGCCUCCCGUUACGCGAUUGCCGCGAAGCGCAGCAUGAUGCGUGGCCAGCUUGGGAGGCUGCCGCCGCUGUCAGAGGCGGCCGCCACUGUGAGGAGCGGUGCCGGGCAGCGCUCCGCCGCCGGUUCGCCUCUCAUGUUGCUCCCGCUGCUCGUGCCUCUGGCGGCCGCCUCGCUCAUAGCCGCUGCGACUGGCGCGCUCGUCCUCGUUGACGUCGAGAAUGUCCGCGGCAAGUCUGGGUUCGAGCUCAGCCACGACGAGCUGCUCGAGCGCGCGACCCAUUGGGCUGCGCACCGCCGCCUACGUGGUGCGGUGUCGCUGGUCGUCGAUCACGGCAGCCUACCCUCGGCAUUCUGGCUGGAGCGGCAGGGGUUGGCUGUGAUCUUUGCGGGACAGCGCCUCAAGGCAGACGACGUGAUUGCGCGAGACGUCUCAUUCGCGACGCGUCAGCUGCGCACUGACGUUCUCGUCGUCACCGCGGACCGCGAACUCACCCAGCGUUGCCGCGCUGCCGCACGCGACAGCGUGAACAAGCUCGGCAUCAUCUCCCCCUCCUCUUUCAUCGAAGACCUUGCUCGUGCGCAAAAGGAGAACGGCGGGGACGGCUCGGCAGGCGGGUUCCCCUGGGCAGCCGCGGAGGAGGUGGCCUCGGAGGAAACACUCCCUGCUGCCGCCGCCGCUGGUGCCGAUGCUGUGGAGAGCGAGAUUAUGGAGGCCGAGAUCGCGCUGGGCGGUGCGGUUCGCGAUGCCGAGGCGCGGCUGCGGCGCAAGCGCGUCUCUCCACGCAAGCGUGCCAAGCUGCGCCGCCAGCUCGCGUCGCUCAAGGACAAGUACUCCGCUCAGGCCGGAGGCGCUUCCGGCUUGGGAGGGCCGUCGGCACUGCAGCGCGCCGUCGCAGCCCCGGGAGCGGGCCUCGGCGAGGGCAUGGGACGGCGGGAGCAGGACCGGCUGCUGGCACGCUGGCAGUACAGUCUGCGCCUCAGCGACACGCACGGCUUCGAGGCGGCGCUCACCACUGACGCGUCGCUGCUUCCUUGGAUGCCGACCGAGGCCACCGCCGCCUCGAGCCGCGCGGAAGCUGCGGCGGCAGACGCUUCGGGAGGCAAAGCUCUCGAGCGUUUCGACGCUUGGUUAUCGUUGCAGCGAUUCGACCACAAACUUGUCCUGCGCGGCAACCACGACCCGUUCAACGUCGCGUUCCCGCGCUCCAACGCCACGCUCAUCACCCAGCCCACUCUGGCAACCAUCGGCGGCUGGACCCUCUCGCUCGUCCCCUUCUCCCGAGGCGGCCGCCUUGUCGUACCCCCCGGCGACCUGAUAGCCAGCCACGUGCCUCCGAAGCGCAUCCUCGACCGAACCUACUCGGGCGACCGCGCCGGCUCGUCUGCGCUGCGCGGCGCCGUGGAACGUUGGACCGCCCCGCCACCCCGGGUGUGGCUGCACAUCCACGAGGGGCGCGGCUGCGAGCGCGUGCGCUUCGGCGGGCGGGGACUGCAUGCGUCGCGGGAGACGCUCGUGAUCAAUGCCGCAAACGCGAACAGCGGCCGAGCAAACCGGUUGGUGCACGGGCCUGUGGCGACCGGGACGGGCGUGCAAGACCGCGGCGGGGAACGCGGCACAGAGGCGGCCGCGGUCGGUGCGCUGCUCCUAGCAGUCGAUCUCGGCUUGCGGAGCGGUGCGAGUCUGUUCUCGGCAGACGGGGAGCUUCUGCGGUACGAGCAGCUUCGCUUUGCAGACGAGACGGCGCUGCGGGAGGAGGCGCCGCAGCUCAUCGCCUCGUGGGAGGCCGAUGUCAACGCGGCGGCGGCGGGCCAGACGAGCUCCGCAGCCGCGCCGCGCCGUUGGGCCAUCACGCACGUGGCGAUCGAAGGUGGAGACCCGCCAUUGUGGGAGGCGUGGGGCGAGGCACACGGCGCAGCGCCGCUGAGUGUGUCUGCCGACGAGUGGCGGCGCCAUCUCUUGACGAGGAAGGAGCGAUCCUCGGGGAGCUGCGCCAAAGCAGCGGCGAGGCUAGUGGCGCGCCAGGUGGUCGCCGACUUUGGGGCGAUGGAGGCUCACGUCGGCGCUUUCAAGACGGAUGCCGCCGAGGCGGUGCUCAUGGGCUAUUACGCGUACCGUCUCGGCUGGACUACACGGGAGCCGCCGAUCCGCCGUUUCUCCAACGGCAACGUGGUGCUGCCGAAGGUGACUGCCAAAAAAUAA